UCAUUUUGAAAGUUAGCUUGGAAGUUGAAAGUUAAAAGGGCUUUGUUCUGGGGCUUAGUCCAUCUACCUCCUUGGGCAUAUAAUUACAUAUGGUCAUCUUCAAGUACUAGCUCUUGCUCUCUCUUUCGAUUAGUCUGAAAAUUCGGAAAGGAUGAGUUACCGUCCUCUUGCUUAUGAUGAUCCUUAUGAACCCCCACCUCCGCCGCCGCCACUGCCGCCGCCACCACCGCCGCCAGGGCCUCCAUCACCAGGGUAUCCACCUCCUCCUCCACCACCAGGGUACCCACCUCCACCUCCACCACCAUCUGCGGUGCCCGAAUACUAUUCCCGGCCUCCACCACCGGAAUACUAUCCAGCACCAGCACCACCACCUCCUGGGCAGGAUCAACCUGAAGACACUGAUUGCUUCUCAUUUUUAAAGGGGUGUUUGGGAAUACUUUGCUGCUGCUGCCUGCUGGAACAGUGCUGCCGUUAGGACUUUGUUUAAAUGUGUCUCAUCAUAUAUUUAUCUGUCAAUUGUGAUGCUUAAUUCUCACUUAAGUAUCUAUACAAUACAACAUCCCUGCAAGACUGCCACAUGUAUUUUAAUUUGAACCACUUCUGUGCCAACAGGAGAGAAUGCUUUGGUUCACGACUCUGGUGUAAAUUGGAUGAAUGUAAUUUAUUGUUUCAAUUAACUUCUCGACGUUUCCCAAGGCA